AUGGUUUUUGAUGCUUGUUUUAUAAUAGAAAUCAUUGCUAUGUUUGGAUCGAGGAAAGAAGUCGACUCCAGCGAAUCUCUUGGAGCCUUGGCGUGGAUGGUACCGUAUUUCUACAGGGACUUUCUCCUGCUUGAGAAUCAGAUCCCUUUUUUCGUUCUGAAAGAGAUAUAUGCGAUUACCCGUAAAAUUCCUGACCUUAGUUGUAUUCCCAGUCUGAUGUAUGCUGCUUUGGAAUUCUUUAAGAACGGAAUGAAAAGAUUCGAUGUAGACAUUUUCGAUUACACUUCAACGAACGUGACGAGAACGAAUCAGCGGCCGGCCUUCCAUUUGCUGGACUUGGUUCGGAGAAGUUUAAUGCCAUUCUAUUAUAAGCAACAGGGACCAGAAUCCCGUACAGAGACUACAUACAUUCACUGCGACUCCAAGCUCCGGCUAGCGGGGAUUAAGGUCAGUCCAGCCAAAGCGCAGAGCUUCCUAGAUGUGAAAUUCAAGAAAGGUGUGAUUGAGAUGCCAAAGAUAGCCAUCAACGACUUGAUGAGAUGUCUGUUGCUGAACUGUGUGGCAUUCGAACAGUGCCACAGGGGAAGCAAGAAGUACUUCACAGUUUACGCUACUUUUUUGGACUGCCUGGUGAACACCAGCAAGGACAUCGAGUACCUUCGCGAGCGCAAUGUCAUUGACAAUUACCUUGACAACGACUCCGAGGCUGCGGGCUUCAUCAACCGUGCGGGCAGGGAUUUGGUACUCAAUGCUGAUAGAGGCUUCUAUUUGGGGGAAUUGUUCGAGGAUGUGGACAAGCAUUAUCGGAAUAGGUGGAAGUGGAAGUUGGCGAGCUUCAAGCGAGAGUAUUUUGACAAGCCAUGGUUGCUUCUGUCGGCAGCGGGUGGCAUUUUGCUCGUACUGGCUACGUCAAUCCAGGCCGUAAUGGCCAUCUUAACUUACAAGUAUAAUAGUUGCUAG